GUGCGUAGCUUGACGUCGCCGUAAACGGCAGAUGAAGUUCUUUCUCCACAGCUGCUGGUGAUGGCGGAUGUUGACGAGAAAGAAGAGACUAUGAGGAAUUAUCAUUUAGCUUCAGAGAGAAUAGACCCAGGGGCCGGUCGCUUUCCUUACUGUAUUGUCUGGACACCGAUCCCUGUGUUAUCAUGGCUGCUGCCUUUCAUUGGACACAUGGGGAUUUGUACUUCCACUGGAGUCAUUCGAGACUUUGCCGGGCCAUACUAUGUUUCAGAAGAUAACAUGGCUUUUGGAAGACCAACCAAGUACUGGAUGCUUGAUGUUAGCAAAGUUUAUGCUAGUGGUUCCAAUGCUUGGGACACUGCAGUGCACGAUGCCUCAGAGGAAUACAAGCACAGGAUGCAUAACCUCUGCUGUGACAACUGUCAUUCCCAUGUGGCUAUGGCUCUGAACCUAAUGCGAUAUGAAAACAGCACUUCAUGGAACAUGGUCAAUCUUUGUCUGCUCGCCCUCAUCCACGGAAAACAUGUCAGUUGUGCAGGUUUUCUGAAGACCUGGCUCCCUUUUAUGAUGCUUGUUCUUGUUUGCCUCUCCCUCACUCUGGCAAUUACCCUCAGCUGACAGGCAAGCUUCACUACAUACAGAUCCCCGCAGAUGAGAGGACUUUAACCAACCAAAGGGGUCACCACAGUGUCCAGAGAAGCAGAACCCAUGGCUGUUGGCUGGGACCCACUGCUGGCUUUAGACCAGUGGAGCUGGUAUUCCCUAGACCAAGAAAGUCAUUUAUAUUCAGCAGUUUGUUUGGAGAAAACGGAGUGCACACCCCCUGUUGCUUCCACUAUGAGGACCUCUCUAAUGCACUUAAUGGGUUGUGGCUGUUGAAAGGCUAAGAAAAGGCUAAACUACCUGUCAGCACUAGAAUUGCUCUAGAUAUCUUCUUGUACAGGUACACAUUUUAGUAAAUAUAACUCCCUUGCCUUGUUUAAUUUACUUACAUUUUUAUUACAAGGCUAACCCCUUGAUCUAGACUUCUCAUCCUUGGAUGCCAUUUUUACUAAAAGAGGAGCACUAACAUGUCAAAUCAGUUGGAUGCCUUUCAUGGGAUUGCAUUUGCUGCUUGAUUUAAUGUACUCAUCUUACGAGCUGCAAACAAAUCCCAUAUAUACUCAGACUGUAUUUUGUCUUAUAUGUGUGAUGGUACAUAAAUCUUCUAACAUAUAUUUUUUCAAAAGCUUACAUCUCAUGGUAGUAGUCAGUCCAGUUUACACUUCAUGUUUUAACACAUUAAAACAAUCUCUAUUAAUAUGGUUUAGAUGAACUAACUUAGCUUUUAGCUUUCUAAAUCUGUGCCAAGAACAAAAAGAGGGGUCAACUUAAACUUCCUUCAUUUCAUCCAAUAACUUACACCUUUCAUGUGUUUUAUGGUAAAGACAGGGCUUGCUUCUUGGUUGAGUUGAUCUUUAAAAAUGUUUUAAAGGGGAUUUUUAUUUUGUUUUAGCAGUUCUUAAAAGACAGGUUAGGAAAUCUGUUGCCAUGGUUUUGGAGACUAAAUCCAAAUCCUCUUAUUGUUUGUAAUCAAACAGAAAAAGUGUUGAUCCCUCUCUUUGUCCAGGAUACUGCCCAAAGCAGCAGGUAGUCAGGAUACUCAGGUUUUUCACGCUUCCCAAUCCCACUGCCCACUUGAAUGUCCCAGGUUCCCCUGGCCUGAGCAGUGUGCUCCUGCUGCUCUCCACCUCUGCAUAUCUCUGUUGAAGGUCAGUGUAAAAUGCCAGCACUGUUUCACAAAGCUUUCAUUUUUGGCCAAUGUCAUUAGUAUGUACUGUAGACAUUUUGAGUGUAAUGUUGUGUCCUUACCAAAAAUACACCAGGAUUUUGCUGAGUAAAUAGAAUAGAGCCUUCCAUUAGAUGGCAUGUUUAAUGUUCUGUGCCCAAAGAAGCAGGCCAUCUCAGUACAUGAACACUCUGAUUGACCAGGUUAUUAUUCAACGGGAUGCAAUUUGCUCAGUUAAAUCCAUGUGGUGUCUUCUGCCAGGCUGUGUAAUAUUCUGCAAAAGGCUCAUUCUACAUGUUUUAAUAAUUCACACCACAUAUUUGUGCCUCUGUGGGUUUUGGUCUGUAUGGUGCACAGAUGAGGGUAGAGUGCACAUUACUGCAUGUUAACGUGUCUGUGCUGCAUGCAAGAAAUGUUGGUAAAGUUCAGGUCUCCCUCUGUGGUGAGCCACAGCGAUCAAUAAGCUGCCUUUUGUCUGAGCUAACUGCCCCUUAUUUUCAUACUAUUUAAAACUCCAUAUGCGUCUCUGAAUCUUUCAUGAUUUCACUUUCACGUGAAUGCUGGUAAUACAGAAGAAACAAUGAAUUAUGAAUGGAAGUGGUUGUUGAUGUGAUGCUAUUGCCUGUAGCAUGUGUAUAGCAUCAGUUUGGUUAAUCGAGCUUCACAAGGAAUCUUCAUGCAUUUAUAUGAUACAGCCUUAAAAUAGAAGGCUGGUUUUGAUACUGUUAUUUUUUCAUGAGGAAUUAAUGUUGAAGACAUAACCCUUUACUGUAAAUACACUCCCACAGCCACAUCUGUAUGUCUGUAUGUUUGUAUCACUAUCACUUGAAUUGCUGUUGUACGAAUUCAAUGAAUUAACUUCUAUAUAAAUAUAUUACGUAUUAUAAUUAUGGGUGUAAUAACUCGCAGUCCAAACAUAUACUAUUUGUAACUGUGAAUAUAACCUACAAACAUGGACAGAAAUCCAUUCGGUGGUCCAUACUUAAAUAUGAUGAACAGUUCAUUCAUGAUUUGUGCUAUGAAAGCUUCAUUCACAUCCGGGCUUGUGCUUUUAACCUAUAUUAAACAUGUAUGAGUGUAUUUUUAACUACAAACUGCAGACUACUUGUUGGAGUGCAUGUACUUAUAAUAUUGUAUUAUGUGAGAUGACUGAGCUGGUGCGGUGCCUUGUAUCCAGGAGCCAGGUCCAGGAAUGUGGAGACCUGUGGUCCCAGCCUUUCAGCCUGUUGACAAAAGACAGUUGGGAUGCUAUUACUGGUGCCACUAUUCUUUUAUAAUUAUUCCAGCCUGCAGCUUUAAAACCAUCUUUUGUUUCUUUAAUCCUCAUAUAUAGUUUAUUCUGUAGACCAAAGCUAAUGGGAUAUUGAAAUAUGCUUCCAAUCACUGUGUGAAUUCUGAAUGUCUGUGGCAUAAUAAAGACGUCUAUUAUUGUAG